CCUAUCUCCGGUUCAUUUUGAAACAGACAAUUUUAUCUUCUACGUGUAUGUGAAAUUUAGAAUAAUCGUUUACAAGCAGAUGUUUUUGAAAUGGAAUUUAAGGUAGUAGUGAUAUUAUCUUUUUUGUUAUGUAUCUGCAACGGUAAUGUGUUUGGUCCUAGUACACAAAGUUCUGUGGAGGCGGACAAAACGGAGACGGGAAUCACAUUCAUACAAUCAGACAUUAAUGGUUUGAAAGACGAUAUGCAUGAGCUUCUUAAAAUGGUAUUUAGUAACGAAAACGAAAUUUUAUUACUUAAAAGAGAAAAUCAGUAUCUAAAAAAUGAACUUGAAAACAAAAGGCGGCAAUUUUCAUGCGAAAUCAACGUGUUCACGAAAACACUAACAAGCAUCAACGAGCAUUGAAUGUUACUAACACGGAUAUUGAUCACCUUUGGUCUUCAUUUAAUGAAACAAUAGAAAAACUGACGAAUGGUGUCGACAAGUUAGAAGAGUUUGAAAGGCGAAGGUCUGAGGAUAACAUUACAGAAUAUAUUGACAAAUCAGACACUUCAUGCAGCAGUUCACCUUGUUUGAAUGGUGGAAUAUGCACAACGACCGGAAGCAGUUAUAAUUGUUCCUGUCUGCCUGAAUAUAUUGGAUACAUGUGUCAAGUACAAAUGUCAUGUAAAGAUGGUUGGAAAAGGGAUGCAAACAACUGUUACUACUUCAGUACUACCUCUGCAACUUGGUUUGAUGCCAAGAGAAAGUGUUUAGAACAAAAUAGUAGGCUUGCAGACGCAACACCAAUUAGUGAGAUUAAAUUUCUUCAGACAAAUGCGGAAAAGUAUGGAAAAAAUUUCUGGCUUGAUGGAUCAGAUGAGUCUGAAGAAGGUGUUUGGGUCUGGGCAAUUAGUGGACAGAAGAUCACCGUUACUUAUUGGCAUAGACGUACUUCAUAUGACCCAAACAAUGAGGAUGAUAACGAGCAUUGUUUGAAUAUUCAUAGAGAUCUUGACUACCAAUGGAAUGAUGCUGGAUGUUCCAACCGUUUUAGGUACAUAUGUGAAAAGCCAUUGAUGUGAUCGUCGCAGCAAAGAAUUCACAGACGACGAUACUUUAACAUAUUUAAACACACUCUGAAAUCAAAUCAUUCUGAACUUACCCUCUGUCUAAGCAUGUCGUAACUCCCAAGUCAAUGUUUUUUCGCAAAAAGUAACAAAAACAACAGAAUAGGAAAAGUUAGAGUAAAAAGUAAAAAUCCCCAAGAUAUUAUCCUCCGUUGGUGUUCGCAGCAAAAAUCAGACAAAGCGAUAAGCUUUAUUAAAUCUGACAUUUCUUUUUUCAAUAUUUAGCAGGGUCAUCGAUAUAUUAAUAAGAUUCAUAUAAUGAAGAGUGAAAUACUUAGCUUGAAUUUCAUUCUUAACUAGAGACUUGUUAAUACUUCUAUGCAUUUACGAUGAUAUAUAAAUGCAUAAGACUUGUUCUUAAUUAUUAGACUAUAAACACGAAACUGAUUGAUUUGUUAAAUGAUUCACGUCUAUUUAGAAAUGGUCGUGUAUUUCUAGGAUCAUUCAUUUCUGCUUUCGUGGUACAUCAAAUAAAUCAACUAAAUGUGCUGUGUUUAAAAAACAUUUCACCGUUUACCCAUUAUCGCGUAACCUCUAAAAUGUAAAUGACAUUAUCAAUAUCUCUUAACGUCGUGUACUCUUAGAUAUAUGAUAGGGUAAUGAAUAUUGUCAGUUAUCCCUUCAUAGCAAAAAGUAAAAUCACAAAAAUACCAAAGUCCAAGGAAAAUUCAGAACGGAAAGUCCAUAAUCAAAUGGCAAAAUCAAAAGCGCAAACACAUCAAACGAAUGAAUAACAACUGUCAUAUUCCUGACUUGGUACAGGCAUUUUCUUAUGUAGCAAAAUUUCAUUACUAAAAUGUCAAAAUUCUUAGCCUAGAGGGAAUCAGUAGAAUCUGUCUGCAACUAUUAAACACUAUUGAACUGUUACGAAUACGAAAAUAUUUUAAUAAAUAUAAAA